AUGGGUAUCAAUGGAGGUUUGGUCAGGAGUGUCUUUUCAAGGAAUAGGUCUUUGGGAACUCAUGAGAGCAAUGUAAGGAGCAAUAUGACAGAAAGGAGAAGAUGGAGCUCUGUUAGAUCAUACUUAUGUGGGGAUGAAUAUAAUUCAGUCCUUGCAGAAAAUGAUUCAUCUUCAGUUAAGAGCUCUGUGGUUACUCCCACACAGCUCAAUUCAGUCCUUGUAGAGGACGAUUCUUCUUCCGUUAAGAGCUCUGAGACUACUGUUACACAACCGAUGCCAGAAGACUUAAUAGACAAGGAUGGCAUCAAAAGAGAAGUAACUAAGGAAGAUAUCGAAAUGGCAAAGAAGGAAUUUUCGGUCUCAAAAACUAUGUCUGAAGAGCAAGCAGCAACCAUCAUCCAGUUAGCAUUUAGAGGCUUUCUGGUAACUCCAUUCAAAAUUAUCAUCUUGUAG